CAACGUUUCCGUCAAAUUGUCAAAAACUUCGCGGGCCCGAAGACAUUAAAUUAAUGUAAUAGGUAUUAACUAUACGUGGAUCCUUAAUCGCCGUCCUGUGGAUCUGCUCGGUUCGGACCCGGUUUGUGUGUAUCGAAUCUCGCAAAAAUCGGUCACUUCCGAAUUUUCGAAGGACCGGCAACACGGUUUCGUCCGACAGACUAGCAGGCACCUUUUUGACACGCGGUUAUUUGGACCUUAAGACAUGACAGCCCAGUGCACGAAGACGGCAUGGCUGUCGUCGAAGCUCAAACAAUUCGCGCUGGACGAGGAAAUCUAUUUGAACUACAUCGAAAGCGUGUUGGACGGUGAAGAAGAUCGAUGCGAAAAGAUCAGUGCACUGGAGGCAAUUCUCGGAGAAGUGUUGAGCGAGAAUGAAGUGAAAUCUCAAUGCAUGGAAAUAAUUGACAUGUAUGACACACAAGAUGACAGUGAUGCUAACGAAAUCAAAACACCCAUAGAAGACACCGAAGAGACCUUGGUUAAAAUGCUAGAAACAAAUAUAAGGACUGUUGUGACAGCUCCCAAUAAACUAAAUUCAAACGAGGAAGAUUCUGAUUUAGUUAAAAUUAGAAAAAAUAUUUUAAACCAAUAUGCUCAGAAAGAAGCAAAUUCAGAGGAAGAAGAAUGUGAUGAUUUAGACAUAGAACAUAAUACCAAUGUUAGUUCUGUAUUAGCUUUAAAAAAAGAACAGAGAGAAAGAGCUAAAGAACAGAGUUUACGUAAAAAAGAAAAAGAUAAAGAAGACAGAGAAAAACAAAAACAAUUGGUACAAGAAAAGAAAGAUGCUAAGAAGAAAAAAGCUCAAAAAGUUGAAAGAAAGCGUUGAAUUAUUACAAUAACAUGAAUUCUCUGCAGUUUUACAAGACGUGUUUUUUAAUCUAAUGUAUUUAGAAUUUAGUUGGCAUCCAAUGUCAACAACAUUUGUUAUGUCUACACAUUUUGAGUACUGUGUUUGAUUACUCAUAAGUCAUAACAAACAAAGUUGAUUUUAUACUUUUGUUCAGCAGCUGUUUUUUUUAAAACCAUGAACACCCAACUUAUAGAGCUUAAUAUUAAUAUAAUGUUAAUAAUGAGAGUUAAAUGUUGAUUGUAUUUCGGUGGUAAUUAUUGUUAAAUUGGACUAACAUAAAAUAUGUAUUAAUAAAUAAUAACUAUUAAAAC